AAUAUUAUGAAAUUUACAGUUCUCGGUGCGGGAACUUCCGUUCCGCACGCAGAAAGAAGCAGUUCGGGCUAUUGGGUUGAAACCGAAAAAGGUUCGGUUUUGCUUGAUUGUUCGGCAUCGGCGGUGCAUCGGAUGGCGCAGGAAAAACUCGAUUGGGCGAAUCUCGAUGCGAUCUGGAUUUCGCAUUUUCAUCUCGAUCACAUUGGCGGACUCGCGCCUUUUCUUUUUGGCACGAAAUACGCAAUUGAAACUCAAAACAGAGAAAAGCCUUUGAAGAUUUUCGGUCCGAAAGGUUUGCGGAAAGUCGUC